GGUCCAUUUUGCCGUUCUGGUGAGGGGAAGCACCCACGUUUAACGACCGUUCAUUAGAAAAAACAAUAACUCUCUCAAUGGGGCACGCGCUUUUUUUAACAACUCCCCCUCCUCUCUCCCUCUUUAACACCUCCUCUAUUUCCCUUCCUUCUCCCUCUUCAUCAUCACCAUUUUUGUGCAGAAUCUCAACUCCUGGUAUGGAUCGCUCUUCUAGUACAAGUUUGUAUCCCGCACACCGUUGUAAAACCUUGUACUUGGUAAGACAUGGGCAAGGAUUUCACAAUGUAGCGGGAGAAAAAGACCACAAAGCAUACAUGUCUGAGGAAUUCUUUGAUGCUAGUCUUACCCCUUUGGGCUGGGAGCAGGUCGAUAAAUUACGCAAGCACGUCCAUGCAAGUGGGAUUGCCAGUAGACUUGAUUUAGUGAUAACAUCUCCCUUGCUAAGGACAAUGCAGACAGCGGUGGGCGUCUUUGGUGGUGAUCGCUUUGUCGAUGGGGUAAAUGGGCCUUUCUUAAUGGUUUCAGGUGCAGGGAAUACCAAUUACCCUGCAAUAUCUAGUUUAAGUUGCCCACCCUUCAUAGCUGUAGAGGAUUGUCGUGAGCAUUUGGGAAUCCACCCAUGUGACAAGAGAAGAAGCAUCAAUGACUACAAGCCUCUGUUCCCUGCAAUUGAUUUUUCUUUGAUAGAAACUAAUGAUGACACACUUUGGAAGGCUGACACUAGAGAAGAGAUUAAAGAAGUUGCUACAAGAGGGAAGAAGUUCUUAGAUUGGUUGUGGACUCGUCCAGAGAAGGAGAUUGCUGUUGUUACACAUAGUGGGUAUUUGGUGCAUACACUGGAUUUGUUUGGGAACGACUGUCAUCCAUCUAUCAAAGAAGAAAUUACCAAACCGUUUGCAAAUUGCGAGCUUCGAUCAAUGGUUAUCGUAGACAAAGGAAUGAUUGGCAGCAAUAUUUCAACUGAUGAUUUUCCAGGAAAGAAACCUCCUGGUGUAGAUGUGCCUAGUGAUUUUGCGCAUGUGAAUCAACCAGAUGGACCUGGAGAAAACUAAAAUGACUGGUGCCUUGAACCUUUCUGGUAUUUGAGGGUCUUCAUCCUCACCAUCAUUUUGUCAGCAAAAGCAAGUGCCCCUUUCAGGUGAACUCUUGCUCGAGCUACUGUGGUCAAGACCUUAAGAGUUUGAUUGGUUAACUCUUAUCGACCACAUUUUGUUUUUACCUAUUUGCGAGAGGUAAGUUAGUCGCAUAUUUUUUCCUGGAGGAACUGAGAAAGAAGUCUCUAUGGGCUUCUGAGACAGAUUUUUAUGUCUCAAAGUCUGCAAUUUGAGUGUGAACUCCAGAUUAUUGUUGAAGUCCAUUCCUAUUGUCUAGUAGUGUGGUGUUCAUGUAUACAAAAUACUCCUUUAUAUGGAGAUGGGUCAUAUACAGAGGAACUACUAGGACUCUGAGAAAACAUGAUUAUGGAGAAAACAACACGAAACUUAUCCAAAUACUCAUUAUAGAUUAACUACUUUAACAUUC